AUGCGGUGUUGUGCGCAUAUUUUAAACCUGAUUGUAAAGGAUGGAUUGAAGGAGAUUGAUAAUUCGGUCGCCAAAAUUUGGGAUGCUGUGAAGUAUAUCAGAUCUUCAAAUUCAAGAUUAACUAGGUUUAAGGCAUGUAUUGCACAAGAGAAUAUUCCACAUAAGACUCUUGUUUGCCUAGAUGUUGAAACGCGAUGGAACUCUACAUACUUAAUGUUAGUAGUAGCCUUAAAGCAUCAGAAGGCAUUUGAGCUAUUAGAGAUGCAAGACAAAAAAUUUGUUGAAGAAUUAAACAAGGAAAGAGGGGUACCUUCAUUUCAAGAUUGGGAUUAUGCUAAGUCCGUCUUACCAUUUUUAGAGAUGUUUUAUGAUGCUACACUUCGCAUCUCUGGAUCCUCUUAUGUCACAAGUAACUUAUACAUGAAAGAAGUGUUUGCUCUUGGAAGGAGGAUUGAACAAUAUCGUGAUGAUGAUGAUUUGAGCAUAAGAUUUAUGGCAAGUAAGAUGAAAGCAAAAUACAACAAGUAUUGGGGAAAUGCAAAAACUAUUAACAUGUUGUUGUUAAUUGCCAUAGUUCUAGAUCCCUGCCAUAAGUUGGAUUAUGUUGAGUGGUGCCUAGUUAAUUCUUUUGGUGCGGAAGUGGGCGGUGAAUUGAAGACAAAGUUGUCUUCUUGUCUUCAUUCACUUUAUAAUUUAUAUCAAGGUGCAGAUGAAGGAAACCAAGAUGAUACCCUCUCCCAACCGAGUGCAAGUGAUAAAGCCAAAGACAUUUAUGAUAUGGGGUUAUAUCGUCAAUCAACUGGUCACAAAUCCAAUCUUAAAUCUGAGCUUGAACGUUAUUUGAAUGAAGACUGUGAGCCAGAUGAUAAGCCUUUGGAUAUUCUAGGAUGGUGGAAGGCUAACUCAAAUCGGUUUUCCGUCCUAGCAAAUAUGGCACGAGACAUAUUGGCUAUACCAGUUUCAACAGUAGCUUCUGAGUCUGCUUUUAGUAUGGGGGGAAGAAUCAUCGAUCAAUAUCAUAGCUCAUUGACUCCUAAGAUGGUAGAAGCCCUUGUAUGUACCGAAGAUUGGCUUAAAGGAGAUUUUUUCUCUUCUCUUGCACCUGAGAAUUUCGAAGAGCUUGAAAAGGUCGAGCAAGAUGGUAAAGAUAUUAGACUUGCUUUUCCAUAUAUGAUUAGACUUGGUUAUGUUUAUGUUGGUUUGUUUGAGACACAACUUAUAGCAGUUGCAAUGUCAUUUUUGGAUGGAGAUAUUGGUGUCAACAAUUAUAGCAGUUGGAAUAUUGAGGAGUAUCAGAUGGAGAUUGUAAAACUUAAGGCGGAGGCAUCAGAACUCAAGGCAACAACAGUAGAGAAAAAGGCAAAGAGAUAG